ACUAAUCCCAGAUUAAAGCUUGGAUUUUUUUUGGGGGGGACAGCAGCAGCAUGCGGAGAUCUCGGCAUCUGUAGACGACACCAAAAUUAGGGUUUAACUCAGUCAGCAGAAUGCAUUCGCUCGCACCCUCUACGCUCCUUUGAUCCCGCGCAGGGGAAAUGCUCCGCCGGGGGUGCGUGGCUGCGAUUCCGGAGCUCGCGUCAGCUGAUUAGACUCUGUUGAUUCGACGAAAGAUUUGAUCUUUCGCCGUCCUGGGUCGAGUUCUGGGAGAGAUUCGGUCCCGUUUCAGAUGAAGCAAGAAUCCUCGAAGAUUGAUAACACCGAUGAGACUGAUGGAAACGUCAAUGGUCCAAUAAAUUGUCAGGAGAUGCGGGAAUCAACGGAGAUCAUUAUCAUUGAUGAGAGUAACGGAAAGAAUCCUGAGGUAAAGGAAAAUGGUGAUCUCCAGCCAGUUUCAGGUGAUAUAUCUGGUGAAGGUCUGCCUUAUGCUCCCGAGAAUUUUCCUCUUCCUGGUGAUAAAUGGGGGUGGAAAGUGGGGAAGAGAGUGGCUAUUACUGGCCACUAUCUGGAUAGGUACCUUUAUCUACCCAAGCGACUCCGUGCUUCUGAGAAGUUGACGUGCAAGAAGUACUGCUUUGCGAGUAAGCUUUCAGUUGAACGGUACAUCCGAACCAAAUUUCCUGAUGCGGAUAUUGAUGCCUUUUUCGCAUCUUUCAUCUGGAAAAUCCCCUCGAAUAAACUGCCGUUGGUACAUGGCAUUGCUGUAAGGCGUCCAUUCUUUCCUGUACAUAAUGAAGAGAUUGCGGAGCAUUCUGAGUUGGAUUCUGAUCCUGGCAUUUUGAGGUGCAAGGCACGAAAUAGGAUGUGCGGUAGCUUACUUGAACAGUCAGAGAAACCUGUCAGCCCAUCUUGGCCUUGUGAUCAAUGCUGCAGUGAACCCGGGUUUUGCCGAGAUUGUUGUUGCAUCCUAUGUUGGAGGACCAUUAGUCCAGCUAGCGGAUUGUGUGAUUACAUCAAAUGCGAAGCAUUGAUUGAUGGGAAUCAUAUCUGUGGGCAUAUUGCUCACCUGAACUGUGCUCUCCAAGCUUACAUGGCUGGAACGGUAGGAGGGGUAAUUGGGUUGGAUGCCGAGUAUUAUUGCCGACGGUGUGAUGUGAAAACCGGGCUAGUCCCCCAUGUUACCGGACUGUUGGAGGCUUCUAAAUCUAUUGAUUCUCCUGAUGAAUGUGAGAAAAUUUUGAAACUUGCUUUCUGCCUCUUACGCGGUUCUCAGAAAACAAGUGCCAAGACUGUGCUUGAACAAAUCGAGUCUGCUUUGACCAAGCUAAAAUUUGCUUCUCAUGAGGAAUUUUCAACAGCAGACGUCAUUUCAGCUGUGACUGAUAAUGGAAAUCCUCCUCUAGAAGGUGGACACAGAUUGAUGGACGAGUCCAUUAUUUCUCAUCAUCAGACUCAAUCUGUGAGACUUGAAGAAGAGAUUGAUCAGGUCCUCCAGUCCCUGAGAAAGUCGCAAGAACUCGAAUAUAGAAUUGCAGAGGAACAGCUUCACGCUCAGAAGCGUUAUCUUCACAAUCUGUACCAGCAACUGGAGCAGGAGAGCUCCGAAUUGGCGGGUCAAGAAAUAUCAGAUGACUUUGACAACUUGCUGAAUGUCGUGUUGAAUAGGAAUAAUCAAAUCAAGCAGGAAGUUCACAGACUCCAGGAGAUGAAAGAAGUAGCAAAAGGGUUUGGUAAGACAUCAAGAAGUAUCCUGAGAGAGCAUUUCGGUCUAGACAUGGACAACCAAAGCCCAUGACACUCGUCGGUGGGGGAGUUGGGGAUUCAAGAUCGGUAUGGCGACCUCCUACAUUUUUCUUCUUUCUGGUAUGGACAUUGCCUUGUGUCAAGCAACUGAAGCGAAGAAAGUGGCAAGGGAUCAUUUUAGGCGACAAGUACGACCGUGCAAAACAGGGAAGAGAAAAUAAGGAAAGGUGCGGUGCUGCUUGAGCAGAAUAAUGCAGAACUAUUUCUAGGUUGUGCAAAUUUUGUCCUAGAGGCUCAGAGCAGUGUGCUAGAGGAAUGCUUUCAGUUCAGGAACUAAGGUCUUGGACUUGAAACCUAUGAUGAAUCUGGUGACUCUGGUGGGUCUUUGCUUGGUCCCAAUUUUUAUUUUUCCUGUAUGCAUUCUUCCUCCCCUGUAGACAUUCUUUCUAGGCAUGGAAACAAAUUGUUCUCUGAAUGAGCUUGGGAUGUGAAUAUAGGUAUUAGCAAAAUAUGUUCUCUUAAGUUUUGGUAAAAA